AAACCAUGACGCACUAAGGGCUGAUUUGCUCGAAUUUGGAUAUUUAUAAAGAUUUUUAAAUAUUAAUAUUGAAUUAGAUGAAUAUCAUUGAUGAAGGUGAAUAGAAUCCUUAAAAAAGUGAUGAAAGAAAUAAAUCACCUUUAAAAAAAGAACUCAGGCCACGUUCAAAAAUAGUCCCAGGGAUAUUCUAAGAAUAUAAGAGAACAUACAUCAAAGUGCCUCCAGUUUCUAAGGAUUAACUGUCUAGACUUGUACUCAAGGAAGGGUUUAAAAUUAAAGAAGUAUGAUACUAUUAAAUCCAUUAAAUAGGCUGCUAAGAAACUAUAAAUUAAGUAUGCCACAGCUAAGACUAUUAUAUUCCAUCUUAGAGAGGAAAGGAAAUAAAUUAUUUAAGUAGGAUCAAAGAUGUGCUCAUACACUGAACUGCAAUCAGAUAGGAUUUCAAAGUUGAGAAUAAUUACAACAACCUCAAAUGAUAUAAUUUCUAAUGUUGAGUAUUAACUAGUCCCUUUAAAUACUUCAUAAAUCCAAUGA